AUGUCGGUGGACGUCCCCAGGAAAAGAAACAGACAGGUGUUUGUAUGUGAUGGGUGUCGUGCUAAGAAGACAAAGUGCGAUAAACUGAACCCUUGCUCCAGCUGUGUCAAGCUCGGGUUCGAAUGUACUUAUACCACGGCUGCAACAAGGAGGUCACGUCUAAAGCUGGCAUCAAGUAGAGCAUCUGUCUAUCCUCGGAACGAGCACAAUGUAGCCGAAGUGAUUCCGUCCUUAAACACAGAGAUUGAGGUUCUCAAAAGCAAGGUGCGGAUGUUGGAAUCCUCCCAGUCACAAAAGGAUUCAGGUUUGAGAUCACCAACUUCAGACAAAAGCACCUCUUCACCUGACAAUAUCCAGGAAAGCAUUUCCGAAUGUUUGAACGAUUUGGAAAACGAAACGAUCAAGUUCAAUGGAGAUUACAAUGUUCCUGACGGGGAAUCUGGCAAAGCACCCCUUAUAUUCCAACAACCGUUGCAAUUUCAGAUUCUUCUGAAAGCCGACCCAGGUGCUCGUUUAUUUUGGAAAUUCAAGGCCAUACCAGUAUCAGGCAGAGCCAAUCAAGCUUCGGUGAUAACAGUGCAAUCGACUUUGGAAUACAACAAGAAAGAAACAGAGGAAAUUGCCAGAAAAGUGUAUGGAGAGGGUUUCAUACCAGGUGUAGAGCAGUUGAGCCUCAAAACACACCGACAAGAAGUGUUGAAGGCAAUCAGUGCGUAUGGUCGUGAUUGGGGUCUUGUAUUUAACAGCUCUAACUCAACGGCAUUAAUGGAUAAAAUCAUUGACAUUAUUCCAGAUCGUGAUGUUUCCUUAGGAUUAAUGAAUGUAUUUUUCUCAAAACUUUAUCCUGCUUUCCCGAUAGUCGACGAGCAAGAAUAUGAGAACGACAUGGAGAGAAUCUUGGGAUUAUCGCGUACCUCUCCACAGUGUUUUGCUAAGCCAAAAUUAGAAAAGAAAAGUGAUAUCGCAGCAUUGAUCACACAUUUGUUAGUUAUGAGAUUGACAUACUUAUCGUUGAUAGAAAAUGACACACUGGAGAGAGAAAACGAAGAAAUUUCAAUUUUGAGGAAAUCACCCAUAUCUGUUUGCACCUUCUCAGUCGUCCAGCAAUGCAUGAAAGAAUUUGAUUUUCUGACCAGGCAACCACUACCUGUUCUUCAAGCAGCGCUAUUCGUUCGACUUUAUAGAAAAUAUGCUCCUGAAGAAGGAGAUGGUUCCAAAAUGUGCUCUCAGAUAUUCAGCAGCACUUUGAUUCAAAUGGCUAUUGCCCUUGGUUUAAACAGGGAGCCUGAUUACUAUCUUUGUCUGAGUUUGUCAGAGAAGGACAAACUUCUCAGAAGAAAGAUAUGGUAUACAAUAAUGUCGUUGGAUUUGUAUGAAAGCAUGAUAUAUGCUUCAUCUCCCAUAAUUGGAACAUUCAAUCACGAUGUCAAACUUCCGAUGUUGAAAGGUGACAAUUCUAACUUGUCGAACAUCCUUCUCGAACAAAAGGUAGGAGAAAUGUUUUACGAAUCCCAUCUUGUUUACCGCCUAGGGAAAUCGUUGGCCAAUAUGGUUCUGAGCAUCCAUACUGCAACCAAAUUGAGUGAAGUAUUGGGAAUUUUGAGUGAGUUGGAAUUCAGCGUUGCCAAAUUUUAUGGUACCUUUUCCGAUUAUAUAAAUGAUAGUGGGGGUAGAGGGGAUAUAUUCAAAGUACUUAGGUUUGACAAUUACUUGAAGAUGCGUUCGUUCACGGUAUACGUUUCGUACUGUUUGUUUUUACAUUUCGAAAAGAAGGGAAACCAGAAACUAAAGCUUCAUUACUUGCGGAAGCUGAUGAGAGCUAUAUUUGUCGAAAUGAAGGCUCUUACAAUGUCUUUCGUACUUUCCUCUUCGAAGUAUUUCUCCCUGGGAUUCUCAUUGAUGGUCACACCUACAUUAGAGUUGUAUUUUCAUAUGGUCGCUUUGGUUUGCCAGUCGCUGCGCAUCAGAAUCAACUGUACUACAAGAGAGCUAAAGAGGAUACCGAAUUUCAAGGAAAUGUAUGAGAGUAACAACGAGUUCCGCGAUUUGUAUAAUACCAUCCGAGAGGCUGGUAGUUCUCUUCGUCAAUACACCAAUGACCGGAUUCAGAUUUUAAGACUGUUGAGCAAGAGGUAUUUGUAUUCGUGGAAAGCACUGAAGGCACAUGCAUUUGGGCUGAAAUUGGUAGACAGCAAUUUCAUCUACGAAGCAGACCCAUUGGCGGCGCACGAUGCCAUUGCAGAAUAUGAAUCAGCUGAGAUCAAAGAGCUUGUAAGAUACAUUAGAGCUUGUAUUUCUCCAAACGAACUGGAAUCGGCUACCCAUCCAGAAAUCACAAAAGCGGAAGACAUGCAGGUGGAUAAUAUGUGGAUCCAAUUGAAUAAUUUUGUAGAGGAUGACGAUUCACUUUCAGCAGAGUUCAGAGGCACAUCCGGGGAACCAGAUGAAGACUUUGUCUUGGGCAAGAGCAGUGGGUUUGAUAGUGCCUUUGGAAAGUUUGAUUUCGAUCUUUUCUCCCGACCCGACUUAAUGGAAGAUUUAUGGACCCAGAAUUUUUCUUGGUCUGAUUUUUCUUAA